AUGGCUGAACGAAGUGGAAGGGCCCUCUCGGCAGCGGAGAAAGGCAGGAGGCUGAUCAAGGCAGCUAGCGAUGGGACAGUGCAAGAGCUGCAGAUGCUGCUGGCAGCUGGGGCUGAUGUGGGUGCGACGGAUGGGAACAAGAAUACUGCGCUGCACUGGGCAGCCUGGGAGGGUCACGUGGAAGCGGCGAGCUGUCUGGUGGGGGCUGGCGCGGAGGUGGACGCCGGGAACUGGGUCCAGAACACGCCGCUCCACUGGGCUGCAUGGGGCGGCCGGCCGGCCGUGGUGCGGCUGCUGGCGGCGGCCUCUACAGAUCCCAAUGCCAGGAACGUGGACAGAGACACGCCGCUGCACUUCGCGGCCGAGCAUGGCCGCACAGAGGAGGCGAUUGCACUACUCGAUGCAGGGGCUGACAGUGGGGCCAGGAAUCACAAGGGGAAAACCCCAGUGGACCGCGCCAGGCAGUUCAACCACCAACACUGGAUAGACAGGAUAAGACGAGACUAG